AUGAGCCACGGCCUCGUUGAAAUGGGCGACAAUUCCAAGUCCAACUUCUCCCCGUCUCGCAAGCGUAUCAUCAUCUGCUGCGAUGGAAGCGGUCAAUCGGCCGUCUCCGGCGAAGAGAGCAUCCCAUCCAACGUAACCCGCCUCUGUCGCGCAAUCAACAGCGUCGGCAUCGACAAUAACGACCACCUCCCCUGGCAACAAGUAGUCUGGUAUGAUUCCGGAGUCGGCACGAACUCAGACGGCCAUGUAUCCGCCGGAAAAGACCUCGAAGGGAACGUCAUCGAAGCAUACAAUUUCUGCGUUUUGAACUGGAACCCCGGCGACCAGGUUUUGUGUUUCGGUUUCUCGCGUGGUGCGUAUACCGCGCGCGCUAUUGCGGGGUUGAUUUCGGAUCUGGGCAUUUGUUCGAAGACUGAUAUUCAGGAUUUCCCGGAGGUGUGGACACUUUAUAAGCAGAGUCAUCCUGCUAUCACGGGGGAUAGGUUUUAUGGUAGUGAUGCUUACUAUGGUUGGCAUGAUGGGACGCCGGCGGAUCCUCAGCCGGCGGAAAGGCAGAGUGAUCAUGUGGUUUGGGAGGCUACGGGUCGGGGCGAAUGGGCUCAGACUCCGGAAUCGAGACAUGUUGAAGUGGUGGGUGUCUUUGAGACUGUUGGUGCGCUGGGAUUCCCUGAACUAUUCGGGUAUGAAGUGCCUCAAUGGAUCUCGCGAACCGACAAGCCCGAAUGGCAUAAUGUCGGACUUUCUCCCAGUAUGAUUUCUCUCCCGAAAUUCUCACAAAUGGCUAACAACUUCGCAGAUAUUAAGAACGCCUUCCAAGCACUGGCUCUGGAUGAACACCGUGCUGCAUUCACCCCGAUUCUGUUUUACGUGCCGACUGUCAUGAAAGCCACGACUGAGGAGACUGAGAAGGCACGAAAGGCAUGUGAAGCCGCAUCUCAAGCCUGGAUCGAUCUCCUAUUAACCGAGCGUCCAUCCCUCGAAGAUCUAAAACGCGUGAUCAAAGACAAGAACGAAGCCGCGCGAAAGCUGCUCGACUUGGAGGAAAGUCACAAAGAGCGCUCAAAGCUACUCCAAGUCUGGUUUCCUGGCGUGCACGUCAACAUCGGCGGUGGCUCCACGCUGACCCUGGAGAACAAGGGAAACAUGGAAGAGAUGUCGAACAUCACCUUCGCCUGGAUGCUGGACCAGAUCAAGGGCUUUGUCUCUCUCAAUGAAGAGACUUUGCGGAAAGAACAAUUGGCGCGACAGGCCAGACUCACUAAGAUCAAUACGGCCCUUCACUGGUAUAAUGAGAGACUCGAAAGACAAAAAUCAGAGUCGUGGGGCAAGUGGCUUCAGCGAAGUGGUCAGUGGGCUGUGUCGUCGAUUAGACAUCCUCUUACCAUGGGUGACAAGCCGGCCUAUAUGGAAGACCGCAGCUAUACCUGGGGACUCGGCGAUCUACCGGACAGCUUUGGUCUGGUGUAUGUUGUCAAUGGAUCCAGACUGCGUACACCGGGUCGCUAUGCCCUUGAUAAGGGUCAGAAGCUGGGCGAGACAUUUGAGCGGAUUCAUCCGAUUGUGGGAUACCGAGAGGAAAAGACCAAAGAUCAUGAGAAAAGCAAGAGGUAUCGCCCUAUCUGGUUGACGGGGGACAACUACGACCGGAAGAAGACCGAGGGAGGUUGCGAGUAUCUGUUCAGGUACCCCGGGUCCUCGGAGCACGCAGUCCUGCCUGAGUGGAAGCUGUCCGAGGACAUCAACUCCUUUGAGAGACUGGCCAUCAAAGGGAAGGAUGCGCAGGAGUAUGUUAAUGCCCUGGAUCUCCAGCUGGGAAGGGAUAUCAAACCUCCUCUUUCGCGAUCGGAGUGGUGGGAGGUCUCUUAG